AUGCACCUAGACUCUCGAAGAAGCCAAGUGCUCUUUCCUUUGACUCAAGAUCUGGUAAUAUAUUCUUAUUACUUUGUCACCACAUUUUGUGUUAAUCUAUCUCACACGAUAUUGAAUAUUUUGCGAGUUGUGGCAAAACUAGGAAAAAUGGUUAGAGUUUGUGUUAUCGACUUUGCAGGCCUCACAGAUGAUCCUGUCGACUUGAUAAAAUUCUUAAAAGGCGACAGAAACGUAGUAAAGCAUAAAUACAGAUGGUCUAUUAUGUCUUUUUAUCGUCUUGCUCACCGCUAUAAACCUCUUUAUGCCUCCAUAUCCUCUGUUUUCAAACCUGAUAGAAAAAUGGUGAAAUCAACUCAAAACACAAAGCUACGCAUCGUUAAAGCCUGUCAAUUAGUUACUAUUGAAGACUAUUUUGGGCGGAUCAGACACACUGGAACAUACUGGGACAGGUAUAUAAAUAAAGGAUUAUAUCUCAAAUGGUAUUUCCGUAGUAUUGGUAUUAAGGAUGGUAUUGAUGUAGGCGAGGAGUAG